AAAUAUUUUUUUAUGGAAAUGAGAAUCUUGUUUAAGAAGUGAUUAGGUUGCUGUAAAAACGUUGAAAUCUUCUGAAAAUCCAAGGCAUAUUUGUUGUAGCUGCCAUGGAGGAGAAGUCCGCCAAUACCAGAGAUCAGAGCUUAGCAAUGGAGGAGAGUGGAAUCAAAACAGUUCCAGUCAUUGACUUGCAGGGCAUGACCCUCCAAAAUCUCAAGAAAACCACCGUAGCAGAAAUUUCAAGCGCUGCAGAAAAGUGGGGAUUUUUCCAGAUCGUCAAUCAUGGAAUUCCAGACUCUCUUAUUGCUCGUGUACAAACCGUGAGCAAAGCCUUCUUUGAGCUUCCUAUGGAAGAAAAGGAAGCCUACAAAAUUGAAGAGGGGAGUCAUAUUGGCUAUCGUAGCAAAGCCUUCUUUGAGCUUCCUAUGGAAGAAAAAGAAGCCUACAAAAUUGGAGAGGGGAGUCAUAUUGGCUAUGGCAGAAAAGACGGGGAUUCCACGGAUGUGAAAUCAGACUGGAGAGAGUCCUAUACUAAUAUUGUGCAGCCCCUUUCGAGGAGAGACAUGAGCAAGUGGCUAAAACAGCCUUCAGACUUCACGGAAGUGAUGGAUGAAUACAGCAGUGAGAUUUGCAAAUUGUGUGAAGUGUUGAUGCAGGCGCUCUGUGGCGGCCUCGGAUUGGUUAAGGAAAAUACAAUUGUGGAAGCGUUGGGCGGAGAGCAGAAGGAGAUUUAUCUGGGCAUAAACUACUAUCCACCCUACCCUCACCCAGAACUGGUGUUGGGAGCCCUUCCUCACUCUGACGUGUCGGCCCUCACAAUUCUCCUUCACGAUCAAACUCCAGGCCUGCAAAUUCGCAAGGACGAUGCAUGGCUUGAUGUUCCCUGCAUCCCCAGUGCUCUUGUUGUCAAUAUUGGUGAUCAAAUCGAGGUAUUGAGCAAUGGAAAAUACAAGGAGUUUUGUUCACAAGGAUCGUACAAGGAUGUCAUGGGCGAUGUUCUCUACUCCACCACUUCAUGA